AUGGCUGUUAAAACCUUGGAUUUUGAAAGUGAAUCACAGGUUAGAGGAAUCUUCUUUCUUGGUCUGUAACAAUUAUUAGAUAAAUAGCAAGAAACGGCAUGGGAAAACUGUCGAUAAGCUAGACCGUAUCAUUGUUAAAAAAUUAAAUACCUCUAUUAAAUAAUUAAAAUAAUUCUUUUCGUUCAAAGUUGAAACACAAUCGUACCAAUAAUUUAACAGAGCUUUGCAUGGAUCACGAUAAAGAUACGACGAUAAUGAGGUUAUACACUUGAUCGAUGGAAGUACUGUAGCGCUAAACCUUGAAAGGAAAUCGUGAAUUUAGGCUUAAUUUGAAACCCUUUGGCCUUGCUAUAAUUCAUCAUUGUAUAAGCACAAAGUUGUUGCCAUUCGCAUAUUCUAUUAAAUGGAAUUUCCGUGACCGAGAAAGUCAAUGCCACUUCUCUGCAUGAAUGCAUGAAUGAGAGCUUAAAGUCGAGAAUAAUGCAAAGUGUGGUUUUAUGGGAUGUCUGGAGUACACAGUACAGUAUAUAGUACUGUAAGUGUUUUGUUUAGCUUUUUCCUCGUGAAAGCUACAGUAGCUAAUAUUCAUAUUGUUACAAUACUUCUAUAUCUGCAGUUGAAUACAUUCCUUGAGAAACUUGGUAAGGUACAAUCAAACUUUGACAACCAGUUACGUGAGCUGCUUGGCAGAAUUGAAAGAUGUGAAAAGCUUGGGGCGGAGAACACGAAGGAAUUAAAACUUCUUGACAAAAAGUUCAAUACCGAACUCACGAAAUAUCAUAGCACGAAAGAAGAAAAGAUUCCUUAUAUUUUCGACGCUCCAGACAGAAACCAAUAUUUCUCCGGACGAACUCAAGAACUUCAAGAUCUUCAACAUAUUCUAAAUCUUGACGAUGCUGGGCUAGAAAAAAACGUUUGUGUAGCUGCAGUCUGUGGUUUGGGAGGUGUUGGCAAAACAAGUCUUGUCACUGAGUACGCUCACAGGAAGAAGAAGUAUUAUAAAGGCGGCGUUUACUGGUUCUCGGCAGAAGAUGAUACAUUUUUUGAGAGGUCUGUCAAUAACGCUGCUUUGAGACUUGGUGCCUUACUCGGGACUUUCGAUUUAACGUUGACAAAUACCCUCAGAAGAAUUGGCAAAACAAGUAAACCAUGUUUAAUCGUCUUGGAUUGCUUAGAUCAGUUGGAUCUCUCUCUCAAUAUAUUAAAGUUUCUUUCCUUCGAUUUAAGACAAAGUGUCUUAGCAGCUGUUGUUGUGAUGACCAGAAGAAGUGAAUGUAAACUUGUUGACGAGAUUUCAAAUGUCCAUAAAGAUCGUUGUCUUAGUUUGAAAUGUCUAGAAGAAGAAGAGGCGAAGCAGUUUAUAUUUCGCAGGACUGGGUUGACUUGCGAUAACAGCUACAGCACGAACAGUGUCGCCGAAAGUCUUGUUAAUGAGCUGGGAGGAUUGCCACUCGCUUUAGAACAAGCAGGAGCUUGUAUUAAAGAACUUGGUUGCAACUUAUCUGACUACCUUCAGCAAUUUCAAACUGAACGCUUGAAACUGUUGGAAAGACAGAAAGCGAAGCGAGUAUCAGUUUAUGAAAAACCUGAACGCCUGGCGGUUCACACGACAUGGUUGUUAAAUAUCAAACACAUAAAAGAAAGCCCGCACGGUAUGUCCGCCAUCCUACUCAUGAACGCUUUUGCAUUUCUUAAUCCAAGCGAGAUCGAUGAGGAAUUAGUCAAUGUUGGUGAACGUCCAAUUGAAGACAAAGCAUUUCGUGAUUGUAUGACUUCACCUCUCGGUUGUCGUCAAGUUGUUAAACUGCUGACUGAUUUUUCACUUUUCACGUAUGUCCAUGCGCACUCUGUCAGUACCCAUCGCCUAGUUCAAGAACUAGUCAGGGAAAAUCUUAAUCCUGAGGAAAAAGCUAAGAGUUUUGUUAAUGUGGUACGCUUGCUUUCUUUCGCAUUUUCUAAAUGCACGUCAACUCCAAAACAUCUACUGGGUAAUGUUGGUAUGGAAGAGCGCUUGAAAGCCUAUGAUUUGCCUAGAAACCAUUCUCAAUAUUACUUGUGGUCUAAGCUUUGUUUUCAUGUCUUCCAGCUCCAACGGAAUAUGGAGAAAUUACUAGCAAAUCCUGAUCGAGAAUGUUUAGAUUCGCUUUUCGUUUUCGAAACAGCUAAACUUCUUUAUGAAUGCGUUGUUCACUUGAGUGCUAAUCAAAAACAAGAAGACGCUAAACGCACACUAAAUUUUGCGUACCGAAUACUUGAUUGGGUACCUGUUGAUGAGUACGACACAAUACAAAAAAGUCUUUCCAACAACUCACUGUUUCCUUCCCAUGUUAUUCCCUUGCCAAAGUGGCUUCAGAUUGUGACAAAAAAAUGUUGUGUACCUUCCAUGAGUUAUCUUGAACCUCUUGAUGAAAAGCCCACGGUGGAGAUCGUGGACUCUGAAUCGCCUGGCUUAGAGCAAAAUAUUGAAAAGCUUAAAUCAGAGGGAAAUAAGAAGUUUAGCGAGGGUCUCUACAAAGAAGCAGUAGAUGCUUAUUCUGCUGCCAUAGAUAUGAGUAGAGGUACAACUGUCUUCAACCCUUUAUUGCUGACAAACCGUGCUUCAGCUUAUAUCAAGCUCAACCAGCCUGAUGACGCUUUGAAAGAUGCAAACGAAUAUAUAUCUCGAUUCCCAGAUUGUUGGAAGGGGUAUGCUAGAAAGGCUUUGGCACUUGAUGAGAAAGUCAGUGCUGAAAUUGCUGCAGCAUUAGCUUAUUAUUAUUUUUACCUAAAAGAUGAUAGAUGUAUUUUUUCAGAAUAUAAGCCAUUCAUUGGAGCAUUCCCAGGCCUAAAAGAGCGUAUUUCCAUAUGUCAUACUGUAGACCAGUUAAUGGCGGCAUUGCCUUCUUACAAUACACGUCAAGACUGUCUGCGGGUUAUAAUUCUUGGAUCGAAAGAGUAUGUUAUAAAGUUGAAUACGCAAAUUCCUUGGAUGCUUGUUGGAAACUGUAUUAUGGUUGGUAGAAAAGCGGAUGCCUCUGUUACUUUAAAACUCGAAGGUUACACAGGGCUGCAGUUAUUUGAAAAAUGUAUGCUUGUAGAUCUUUCUUUUGCCAUUGAUAUAGGUCAAAUCUCUGGUCAUGAUGGCUCUUUUGUUAAGAUCCUUAACUGUAAUUUUUCUUCCAGUAAUGAUGUUUCAGCAGCUGUUGUUUCUACCGGUGGGUUUAACGCCGAACGAUGCAAAUUUACAAACUGCAAAGCCGGUGGACUGCUGUGUGUGGGACCUGGUGAUAUGGUUGUUGAUAACUGCACAUUUGCUGGUAAUCUUAAAGCUGGCCUAGAAGUGCGCGAAAAUGGAAUACUGACAGUGAGAAAGAGUCGCAUGUAUAACAACAGUAUGGAUGGUUUACUAAUAGGACCCAAUGCGGCAAAAUGUGACGUAUUUGAUUGUCAAAUUUUUCACAAUGCUCGUGAAGGAAUUGCGGCCCUGGAUGCCUCGAAAUGCAUCACUCUCAUGCGAAACCAUGUUUAUGGAAAUGAUGGAAGUGGUAUAUUCGUGAGGAAUUCGGACGUCGAUAUGAGAGAGAAUAAGUUUUUUGACAAUGAAGGUUGGGGUAUUUGGUCGCAGUCAAACUCUUGGUGUAACGUGUCGACGAAUGAAUCAUUCCGUAAUAAACGUGGAGGAGUUCGUGUUGGAAAACGAUGGACUGGAAAGGAAUUCCCUCUCUCAGUAGUCGAGUUGAACGAAGUCCAUGAUAAUUUUGGCCCUGGAAUAGUUGAUACCAUCAACAACUUCGAGCUUGAUGUCCGUCCCUUUGGGAGCGGCAAAGACGUUUCGAAAAAAAGUGGUGAUUACAAAUCUGCAAAAUAUGAUGGAAAUGUUGAGUACAACAACGAAGAAAGAAUUAUCGGUAAAGAAUCGAAAUGUUCUUCGUCCUGGUGUUCAGGGUGCAAGGAAAAAUGCGAGGAUUUGAAACUGUGUGGGAAGUGCUUUACUACCGGCUAUUGCAACAAGGAUUGUCAAAAAGACCACUGGCCGAAACACAAGAAAUUGUGCAAAGUUUUACGCGAGAAAUCAAGCUUAUUGGUCACUUCCACAGCGAGGCGUGGUUUUGACGGUAGCGUUAAUGUUCACGCGAAAGGACUUGAUGCAAUUGGUCCAAAGUGUAGUCCUCCACCACCACGAAAUGGUACAAGAUUCAUCGUUAAAGUGCAAACGAAUUUUGAAUCUAUUAUUUUUGGUAAGCUACACCCGCUUGUGAUUUACGACCGCAGUCUUCAUGUUGACGAGGAGUUUGAAGAUGAAUUUAUUGACCGUCUUGUAAAAGAGUUUGGCGUUCUCGGUCAAAGAAAAUAUCAAGAGAAAAAGCUUUUUCUUCACUGCGUAUUUGAAAAGAACGGAAAGCUACGACUGUUCAUCAAUGAUUUCGCUGAUUUUCAGAAAUGGUGA